AUGACGAGGAAGAAGGUUAAGCUUGCUUAUAUCACCAACGAUUCAGCAAGGAAAGCCACCGACAAGAACAGAAUGAAGGGUUUGACAAAAAAAAUGAGUGAAAUGAGAACCCUUUAUGGGGUUGACACUUGUGCUAUCAUGUACAGUCCAUAUAAGUCCCAACCCGAGGUUUGGCCUUUCUCUAUUGGAUUCCAACAAGUUCUUUCCAAGCUCGAAAUGAUCCCUGAGAUGGAGAAAAGCAAGAAUAUGUUGGACCAAAAGACUUUCCUCUCCCAAAAGAUCACCAAAGUAGUUGAGCAGCUAAAAAACCAUUGUAAGGAAAACUGGGAAAAGGAGAUAACCCAGGUCAUUUUCAAUAACAUUUGUGGCAAAGGGGUAAUCCAUGGUUUGAACUUUGGGGCCUUGAGUGAUAUCAACUUGUUUCUCGAUAAAAAAAAUGAGUGA